AUGUCUUUGGUGGGCGUGGGAAAUAGAGAAACAUGGGGGUAUCAAAAAGUUCCAAGAAUUUUUCAGCUCAAUAGUUUGAUGAUAUUUGUAUUUGGACCCGUAGUUGGAUUCUCGCAAUUUUUAUUUCUAUAUUUUAACUUUCGCGAUCUUGAAUUUGACACGCUGGGAAUUAUAUUUUCCAUUUGGCCAGCUAGUCUAUUAGCCUGUGUGAACAUAUAUUCUUCAAAGUUUAAUAAUUUUAAAAUUGUUAUUAAAGAAUUUAUGACCCAAAUACAUGUCUAUAAUGUAUAUAAAAAUAAUGACGAAUUCGUGAAACGACAAGUUAUUUUAACCGAGCGCCUUGUACGAUUUGCGGCUUCUUAUUUAAUAUUCUUCUUUAUUUCCAAUUGUCUUGGAUGGGUUUUUAUACCAGCUGUAAACAACUAUAGGAAUGGAGAUUUUAUUGCAAACCGAACAAUGAAACUUCAAACGUGUGUUUACCUUUGGGUUCCAUUGGAUUACAGUUACAAUUAUAAUAAUUGGAUUGUCAUACAUACUGUUAAUGCUUAUAUUAUUGCUUGUGGUGUAACAGUGCUGAUGCAAUUUCAAUCGUUAAAUAAUAUCGUUCUUUUAAAUAUAAUUGCUCAUAUAAAGAUUCUGAAAAAUAAUAUACAAAAUACUUCAUUGGAUAAUCUAACUGAUGCAGAUGUUAGAGAACAUCUCAUAAGUAUUAUAAAGUAUCAUUUAUUCAUUAUUAACCAAUUCAAAAAGGCACAAUCGGCGUUUGGAGUCAAUGUAGCCGCAAUUUACGUUCAAAAUUUAUUUGGCAAUAGCGUAUUAUUGUACCAACUCAAAUAUGGAGGAAAAGAGAAUAUUAUGCUUUACAUAACAAUGAUAAUGGCAUACACUGGAGGACCAAUAUUGAUAUCAUUUGUUGUUGAUGAAGUUAAACGACAGGCGGAUGACCUGCCUGAUUUAGUAUAUGGCAUGCCUUGGGAAAAUAUGUCAGUUUCGAAUCAAAAAACUGCUAUGCUAUUAUUACAGAAAGUUCAAAUUCCUAUGGAAUUUGAAGCCCUUGGAGGGCUUAUUGCUGGAGUUAGACCUAUGAUAUCAAUUUUGAAAACAACCUUCUCCUAUUACGUCAUGCUCGAGUCGUCAAUGGAAAGUAAAAGUUCUUAA